CGGAAGUGACUUGAAUGCAAUCUGUUUUUAUAUCUUUCUGAACUUCAGGAACUUCAGGAACUUUCUGAACAAGUUUUACCUUUGGAUUCACCACUUUGGUUUAAUAUUUAUUUUAAAAGAUAAAACUUGCAAGGGUUAAAAUAUCAGUGCAAAAUCCUGGACAAACACUGACUUAAUAAGCUCUCCUCACCAGCUUUGAAUACAUAUUAAAUUCAAAGCAAGAGAACACAAAAUGGCAUCUUCCAUGAGGAGCUUGUUGUCUGAUCACCGCAGAUACUUCGAAGCUUUUCGGAGUUUUCUCAGCAAUUCCACGGAACACCAGUGCAUGCAGGAGUUCAUGGACAAGCAGCUGCCAGGCAUAAUAGCAAGGAUUGGAGAUGCAAAAUCAGAAAUUAAGAUUCUGAGCAUAGGCGGAGGUGCAGGUGAAAUGGAUCUUCAAAUUCUCUCCAAAUUCAGGGCUCGAUACCCAGGAGUUCCUAUCAUCAAUGAAGUUAUUGAACCAAGUGCCGAACAAAUCACCAAGUACAAAGAGCUUGUAGCCAAGACAUCAAAUCUUGAGAACAUAAAGUUUGUUUGGCAUAAGGAGACAUCAUCUGAAUAUCAAAACAGAGUGAUGGAGAAAAAGGAGAUUCAAAAGUGGGACUUUAUUCAUAUGAUUCAGAUGCUGUAUUAUGUAAAAGAUAUCCCAGCUACCCUGAAAUUCUUCCACAGCCUCUUAGCUACCAAUGCUAAGAUUCUCAUUAUUCUUGCAUCAGGAAACAGUGGCUGGGGCAAGCUGUGGAAAAAGUAUGGACCCCGCCUACCCCGCAAUGACCUCUGCCUGUAUAUCACAUCAUCUCAUCUCACUCAGAUAUUGGACAACCUGGGGAUUAAGUAUGAGUGUUACGAUCUUCUGUCCACCAUGGACAUAACUGACUGUUUUAUUGAGGGUAAUGAAAAUGGAGAACUGCUUUGGGAUUUUUUGACAGAAACCUGCAACUUCACUGCAACAGCACCACCGGGUCUCAAAGCAGAAAUUAUGAAAGAUCUACAGGAGCCUGAACUUAGCAUUAGGAAAGAGGGGAAGGUUCUUUUUAAUAGCAGCAUGAGCUUCAUAGUGAUUGAGCCAUAACUAUCACUCAUGAGAAAGUAUUCACAACUUACAUUUUGAACAACUGUCAAUCACUUAUUUCCAUAUUGCUAUUACAACUACAUCUCAUAGAUAGAGCAUUAACUACUACAAAUGAAAUCUAGGAAAUUCUAAGACAUUUGUGGACUUCCAUGUAGAAUCACCUGGAAUACUUCUAGUCUUGCCUGUCUCCUAGACAGUAUAUGCAAGCUAAGCACCAUACAAGCUGGAAACAUCAGACCCUAAAUUCUAAUGGCUUAUUGAUUCACCCCCCCAAAAAAAAA